AUGUUCAAAAACACAUUUCAGAGCGGGUUUUUAUCCAUUCUAUUGAGCGUUGGCAGCAAACCUCUUCAAAUCUGGGACAAGAGCGUCAGAAAUGGUCACAUAAAGCGGAUAACAGAUAAUGACAUACAGUCGCUUGUGAUCGAAAUAAUGGGAACAAAUGUCACCACAACUUAUGUAACAUGUCCAAAUGAUCCGAAGAAAACUCUUGGGAUCAAACUGCCUUUCCUGGUUAUGAUAAUCAAAAACUUGAAAAAGUACUUCACUUUUGAGGUUCAGAUUCUUGAUGAUAAAAAUAUCAAGAGGAGGUUUCGGGCAAGCAACUAUCAAAGUACAACUCGUGUAAAACCCUUCAUUUGUACGAUGCCUAUGCGCCUGGAUGAAGGAUGGAAUCAAAUUCAAUUCAACCUAUGCGAUUUUACCAGAAGAGCCUACGGCACUAAUUACGUGGAGACACUACGAGUACAGAUUCACGCGAACUGUCGGAUUCGACGUGUGUACUUUAGUGAUCGACUAUAUUCUGAAGAGGAGUUGCCCCCAGAAUUCAAACUUUACCUUCCAGUUCAAAAGGUUGCCCAACAAUAACAGGCAGACUGACCUUUAGUCCAUAUAUGACUGUGACAACAAAGAGGAACGUCUAGUCCCCGGCGCAAAAAUUGGCCUCCAGUUUAAAUGUUACGCUCUUAUGCUUGGUGUUCAUCUCCCUUUCUCUCUAUUCUCAUGAAGUGUUCAAAUGAAAAAAGCGGACACUCUUGACUAUGAUAAUUACUUUUGGG